AAAAAACAGAGGAAAAUUGAAAUUGAUGGUAGCCUGAAGAGAGUCCCCGACAAGCUUGGAAGAGACGCAAACCCCUAAUUCUUUAAGAGCGAAAAAAAUCCUCAAAAGUUGGCCUCCAUUUUCAGGACUUUCUAGUAAUCUUUCGCGUCUGAACUAAUGAGAAUUCCAAACAGACUUCUAUAUUAUAUCUUUUAUAAACCAGUCUAUUGUUUUUGAAUUACUUGUUUGUGUUUGAAGACUCUGGAUUUUUUCUCCAGAAAUUCGGAGAAGUUGUAGGAAUAAAGCAGGUUGAAUGGCGUUGUCAUCGUGGAUUCCGCUUGUUGAAGCUUUCGUUAAUCCUGAUAAUUCACCACCUCAGCAGGCUGCAAGUCUUGAUGCAAUUUCUUCACUUGUACUUGGAGGGAAGCUAACCGUACACGGAGUGGUUUCAGAUAUGGAGGUGUACUUGACAACGACAGAUAAUGCAGUCAGGGCCAGAGGAAUCCUUCUUUUAGCAGAGAUUCUUUCUCGUCUCAAGACAAAACCUUUGGAAGACACUUCUGUUCAUAGCCUCACAGUUUUUUUUACAUCAAGACUUGCAGAUUGGCAUGCUAUACGAGGAGCACUCAUUGGAUGUUUGGCUCUUCUCAAAAGAACACACAACGUAGGAUCUGUCUCAACUGUUGAUGCAAAAAAGCUUGCUCAAUCUUACCUGCAAAACCUUCAAGUUCAGCUUUUAAAAUUAGAAGAUCGUAUGUUGUGCCUUGAGCUUUUGGAGUGCCUCCUUGAUGAUUAUGCUGAUGCUGUUUCACCACUGGGUGAUGAUCUUGUUUAUGGAGUUUGUGCUGCUAUUGACUCUGAAACAAAACCUCACUGCCUUUUGCUUGCAUUCCAUAUUGUGGAGUUGUUAGUACGGUUAUUUCCUGAUUCAGAGGGGCCUGUGGCAAGUUGUGCAGAGGAUCUCUUUGAUAUUAUAAGCCGUUACUUUCCUCUUUCAUUCAAUCCUCCUCCUAAUGAUUCAAUAGGAAUAACACGAGAAGAUCUCUCAAGAGCACUCUUGGGGGCUUUCAUGUCAUCUUCUCAUUUCGCUCCUUUUUGCAUCCCUUUGCUGUUAGAAAAACUUUCCUCAAGCCUGCACAUGGCCAAGGUUGAUUCACUUAGAUACCUUGGAAAAUGUGCUGCUGCUUAUGGAGUGGAUGCCAUGUCAAACCAUGCUACAGCAAUAUGGGCAUCUUUGAAGAGUGAAGUUUUAUCAUCUGCGAGUCCUGUGUCUUCCAUUGCUGGUAAAUCUGGGUUUAUGGAGAAUGAGGUGGUGGAGGAAGCUUUAGCUUGUUUGACACAGUGUAUUUGUGCAUUUCAUAAAGGAAAUGACACUGGAGUGCUACUUCAGCUGGUGGUUCACGAUGAACAAAUAGAGGAAAUAUUUAAUACUGCCUUAACCAAUUUGAGUGGAAUGGUUAUUCCUUUAGAAAACAAGUUAUCACAAUCGCAUUAUCUGCUUGGGAAACUGCUAUCUGCUGCUGCAAAAUCUUCCCUGUCUUCUUGUUCUGUUGUGUCUCAACGGUUCUUGCCACGGCUUGUCAACACCAUUGACUUAUCUUUGAAUUCAAAUGGAAAUAGUGCUGUAAAAUAUUCUGCAACAGCUGGUGCUCUUUCUAUUUGCCAUCAGAUUCUAGAAGCAAAUCGAAUUUUGGCAGAGCACAUGGCUUUGCAACAACAUCAUCCAUUGGAUUGCAACAUAGAAAGCUCUUGGCUAACCUUGCUUCGACAUUUAUCGGAUCCAUUAAAAAGUGUUUUUGUUUCUGCUAUACUGACGCAGAGCAGCAGCAGCUAUCAAAAAACUGGACCCACAAUAGAAAAUCAGAUCAUUCAUUUAGGAGUGGCAGGGCUGCAGGCAUUGGCUGCAUUUCCAGGACAUUUUUCACCCCUUACUGAGGGCCAAUACAGAAAUAUAUUAUCAUUUUUGGUGUCUAUUCUGUUGAAACAGUAUGGACAGAUGCUCUUAUGGGAACAAGUGCUCGGAGCACUUGUUAUGAUUGGCAUGUCACUGGAGAAGUUCGAUGAUUCGACAAAGAUAUUUUGUUUCUUGGAUGUUGUAAUUGUGGAACUACUUUCUCAAUUGUCAAUUGACAACUUAUCAAUACCUAUAUCACUGAAUUUGAAAGCAAUCACAGCUAUAAGCAAGUCAACCACUCCAGCAAUAAAACACGUUCUCCAAGGGUUUCGGAAAGUGAUAUCUACAGACUUCUUGUUAGCAGCUGUCAAGCAUGGAGAAGGGGAGGGAGGUGAAAAAUCUAUGGAAGUUGUGAUUAAUAUUUUGGAUUGCCUUUCAAAGGAAUUGCUUUCUCGGUGCUUAAAGAUGGGUUUCACGGAGGAUGAUGUGAUGCAGAUAGCACUUGAUAUUUUGAAUUCUAUAGAAGAAAUAUCAGCACAGAACAUUUCCCCACCUCAGAAGCUUCUAGUGGCAACUAUGGAAGUUAUGCGAGUAUCAGUUCAGUACUGUGGAGAGGACCUGCAGAAGGGGAUUUUGUUGAAAUCUCUUGGCAUAGUCUCUCAAAGACUUCAAAGCAUGUCCAUUGUGUCACCAGUAGCAUCCCUUAAAAGUCGGGAUGACAUGCAAGAUGAUUUCGUUUUAAUUAAUGAACCUGACCAAGAAGAGUGGAAAAUUGCUCUUUUUGCAUCGGUAGUUGUUGCACUUGACCCAAAAGUUGUUCUCCAUAAUCAGAGGAAAACACUGAAAAUGUUCAUGAAUGCUGUACUUAGAAAGGGUAAUAGUAUGAUCAAAGAUGUAGCAGCUCAGGCUUUGGGUUCUAUGAUCAACAAAUGUCCAGUUGCAGCUAAUGGCAACAGUCCAAAUCUUUUUACUCUGGAUGAGGCCAUUCAUUCUGUUCUAGAUGAGGGGUUGUUGAGGAUUGUAGAAAACAGGACAUUGCAUGGUGAAUUGGUCUUUCCUAACAAUAUAACACAGAGUCUGGAUUUUGCAAAUAUUGAUAGUGAUGAUAGUAUUGGAAUGCAGGUUCAAGCAGUUAUAGCACUGGCGUGGAUAGGAAAAGGCUUAGCAAUGAGAGGACACAGCAAAAUUUCAGAUGUUGCAAUGCUACUUUUGAAUGUCUUGCGAACAAAUAGUAGUAUAUGUACGCCCUUUCCACAAAAUGACAUUCAUAAAUCAGAGAUUUGCAAGAGCAUGGGUAAAAAAUUUGAAGUGGCAGAAGCAGCAGCUGAUGGGUUAGGCAUCAUCAUGAAAGAUUCCGAAAAUUCUCUCAACAAAGAAUGUCAUGCAAUCAUCCGGCCUCUUUAUAAGCAGCGCUUUUUCACAAGCUUGAUUCCAGUGUUGGUUUUGGCUAUAAAAGAUGCUGCUGGUUCUUCAAGAAUGAUGUUGUAUCAUGCAUUAGGGCAUGUUAUUUCUGAAGCUCCACAUAUUGCACUUCUGGCUGAAUCUGAAAAACUUCUUCCAUUUAUCUUGGAUGGGAUAUUGGUAUUAAGCAAUGGAGUUGAGAACAAAAGUUAUCUUCAAUCGCUUCUUUUGUCUUUAUCUGGAAUUAUCGUUGAUGAGAACAAAGGACGAACACUCGCAGUAGAGCAUGUAUCGACAAUUAUUAGUUGUUUAAUUGGACUUGUCAACUAUCCCCACUCAAUGAUGGUUCGAGAAACAACACUGCAGUGCCUUGGAGCUAUGGUAGCAUUGCCUUAUGCCCGGAUUUUCCCAAUGAGAACACAGGUCUUGAAAGCAGUAUCAAAGGCCUUGGAUGAUAGGAAAAGAGCCAUUCGCAAAGAAGCUGUGCAGUGCCAUCGAGUUUGGACUUCUCUUGUAUCAAAAUAGUUUUAUUGGAGGAGAUGGUUCUUUCUCGUCAUUGAAGAGCUGUUUGGCACAGUUUACAAGCCCAAUACAGAUUGAUUACAUCCAUGUUAGAGCAAGUUCAAAUGCUUAUGUUGAUUUGCUUUCACAUACCUAUCCUGGAUUCAUUGCAGGUUAUUCUCCUUAUGUUGGCGCUUUGCAUGAUGAUUUGAGGUAGAUGCUGGCCCUUCUUGUCCCAAUUCAAAUGCAGACUAAAUCCUUGUUCUUCAUCAGCCUGCUUUUGUUUGUUUCUAUUGAUGAUUCUUUUUCAGCAGAGGCUUACAAGAUUAUUUUGUUUUGUACUGACUGUGUACAUACUGAUUUGUGUAAGGUUUACCCUUCUUUUGUUUGUCUUCUUUUACCCAGGAUUGAGUAAAGAUCUAUUUUUUCUGUCUUCUUGGAGUCACUUUUCGCACUCCUAUUUUCCAAUGUGUACUUUUGAGUCAUGUUUACCUUAUUUUAUCAUUCAUGGAUGUUAAUAUAUCUUGUUCUUAUCUGUUGAAAUUGUAUAUAUUAAGAAACAGGAGUUUAGCUUAUACUUUAGAUUCAGUAAAUUACGGGAGUUACUAUGGAAAGGAUGGGCUAACAUAUGUGAUUACUUUGAGAUCACUAAUGUUAUUGAUGUAGUAAGAAAAGAUGCAAACCACGAGCUUCCAAGAUAUCAUAGUAAAAGUCGUCAAGAUACAAGAAAAAUGAACACCCACUUCCAUGUGAGGCCUUGCUAUAUCAAAUUUGCUUCUAGGCUCUUUAUGACGGAUUCAUUAAAUUAUAAUGUUAAAGCAAACGCUUUAUGAUACUCAUUGUCUUGCCAAAGCAUUUACCAAUAGUAAUUACCUGGCACAAAAUAUUGUAUAAUUAAUAUCUUCAUUGGUAGUUCGCAAAAAUAAGAGAGAUGCAUAAAGAAACAGAUAUUCAUAUGUAUAUGAAGCUACACAUUAACUGA